AUGUUCCAAAUUUACAAUCGACCACCAUAUGUACCGCAACGUUCUCUUAGAAUACGUUCCACGAGUAUUCGAUAUCCAAGAACUCGCUUGUCGUAUCGUCAAACGAUGAUGGGUCCUCCUAUAUCUUAUCCGACACCUCCUGUCAAACGAAAUUGGUUCUUGGCUUGUCUACACACUUGUUUUGCAAUACUUACUAUCGGCAGCAACAGUCAAACUGGUAAAAAACAGCAAAACAACAGUAGUAGUAGAAGCAGUCGAGUGACAACUGUUCGACGAAAUAAUACGAGUGGUGGUAGUGGUAGUGGAGGAAGUUGUGGUGGUGUUGGUAUGGGCAGACUCGGUGGUCUCGUUGGCUUAGGUGGCAUGUGA